AUGAAUAGGUUUACGGCGGACUAUUCGUCCAGCGUCAAUUCGACGCCCGGCAAACAACAUCCGUCGAGAGGAUUCCUGUCGUCGAACCCGCCUCAAUUGGCCAGCACAACACCUGUCGCUCCUCCUCCAUCUCAAAUAUUCGGCAGCUCAGCAUUCGGGACAGGUGUCAGCAAGCUGCAGUUCACCAAGCCUACCGAAACUUCUCCACGGUCGAUUCCCGGAUCCCGCCUCCCACCUAGAACUAAGAAUGGCACGCCCAAUAUCGCGCGGGUGAGGCAAGGCUAUGUUACCGGGAAGGCAGUUGAAAAUGAGGAGGAUGGCGAUCAAGCCAUGGAAGAAGAUGCGCAUGACGCAGGGUCCAAUCCAUACUCACCUCGUCGCGGCUUUCAUUCGAUCAAUCAACGGAAUAAUGCGUCUCUGAUGAACUUCAGCACCGCCAGCACCCGGGACGCACGAGUGUCCGCACCGCGCAAAUCAUUUCGCAGCUCUACAAGGCUCUCCGCUCUCCCGCACAAGGGGGACGAGACGGUGGUAUCAAACCUGGCCAGAGAUAUGGGAGCUAGGGCACAACAAGCAUCUCUCACCGAGCCAGACGAGCUGAUCCUUGAGACGGAACAGAUCCUGCGUUCGCUCGAUGAGCAGUCGCAAUAUCUCAAGGACAGCACGAAGGCGCUGGACAUCGUCUCAGAGUACGCUUACGAUCUGAUCAAGGAAUGGCAACGCUUCGUCCAGCCCGACCGACCUUCCCUGGACAGUAAUGACAUUGGUCCACAGCCUACAGCACCUGCGUUUGCAAAGGCAAACUAUCUUGCGUCUUUAAUGCUCGUUCUGCGCCAUCCUCCUCCCUCGAUGGAUGAUACGGUUGCUCCCACUCCUCAGGUCUUGCUCGACUGGCUCGACCAAUAUCACGUCUCGUACGACCAAAUGUACAAAGCGGUCGCCUCCGCGCGGCCUAACUGCACUUCUCACGAGCUCUUCUGGGACGCCGUCCUCAGUCUGACACUCCGGGGAAAGCUCCAACAGGUGAUGCAGCUUUUCGCCGACGCGGAUUUCAAAUAUGCUGCUUCUGCCGCCGACGAUGGACACGAUAGUGACGGGUACAAAGGUGCUCAACUGCAGACGGUCCAGGGCGUCAUCUAUCGGGCUCGGCAACUGCUAAACUCAUGCCCUGCAAUCCAGUUCGGCGACUGGAACGUGGCAGGUCCUGACUGGGACGUCUUCCGCGCCUCCGUCGAAGCCGCGCUCGAAAAUCUCACUGACGAAGCCACCGCGCAAGAUGAUGAAGACAGUUUUGAAGCAGAGAAUUUUGGCCUCCGCAAACCCGAGACUCGCCUGCUCGGUAGACUGGGUCAGAAGUCGUCAAACACUCUCCCCUGGACGAUCUUCCAGAACCUCAAGAUUCUCUACAACAUUCUGCUAGGGUCGGCCGAAGAAAUAUCAGCUCAAUCGCAAGAUUGGCUUGAAGCAACGACAUCUUUGACGAUAUGGUGGGACGGAACUGCCGACUCGACUGCAGUCGCGCAAUGGAGUUUCGAUGUCAGCCGGGCUAAUAAUCCGGCUGUUCAAGACGAAGACUUCAACCCCUACCUUGGGAGACUGAGAGAUUCGUUUCUCUGUGUGACCGCGCCGGAUGAUAAGAAUUCGUUUCAGAUUAACGGGAUGUCGCCUGUCGAGGUUGGGCUAGGCUGCAUCCUGCAAGGGAGUAGCCCAGGCGCGUUGACAGUGUUGAGAACGCUAUCACAAUGCAUAGCUGCUUCGGUGGCUGAGAUUGGCUCCAAAGCAGGCUGGUUAGAAGACGACACCACAUCUCAUCCCGCAGGUCUCAACGAAGAAGACCUCAUGGUCCUCAGCUACGGCGCAUCCAAGGCGGGCGUCUCAAAGGACGAUCUCCUCGUUUCCUACGCCGAAAAGCUGUUCGAGAAAGAUACCCUGCACCUGUCUGACGGAUCCGGCGUCGAGGGAUGGGAAGUUUCCAUCUCCCUCGUCACGCGCCUGGACGACCGAGAAGUUAUGCGGACGACAGUCUCGAACUUCCUCGACCACCUCGAAGUCACAACGCAAGAUCGGGCUGAGAAACUGACCAACCUCUGUUCAGACCUCGGCCUUCAAGACGAGGCUAGAAAGGUUUCCGAUAGAUUCGGCGAUUACCUAGUCAACAACACCGAGGAGUAUGGUACCGCCUUGUUGUGCUACGCACGAAGCCACGCCCGGGAGAAAAUCCACCAGCUCGUUGACGUCCUGGUCAGUUACUCGCUGGUCCAGUCACGCGCGUACCCGCCAGCGAACGAGCUCGACGAUGCCCUGCGCUCUCUUGUGAGCAAUCCCAAAACCGCUCUCGUCGACAUAGCCGAGGUGGACCCCGAAGCCGCCGAGAUGUUGCAGUUCUAUCUCGUCGGGUACGCGUGCAUUCGCCGCUUCUACACACUCCGGGACCAAGACCUUGGAGGCAGCGGGCCCGCGCAGCCAAGUCUCAACUCCAGACCGCUAGCGAGGAAACGCGCGGCCGCAAAGGCGCUCAUCGCAGCGAUAAAUUCCGCGGCCGACUCCAUCUACGGCGGACUUUACGAUCCAGACCGGACGAGCGCGAUCCAGGUCGACGGGCUGCUGAGUCUGCUAGGCGAGGCGACGGCCCUGCUUACCGCCAGUAGUCACUCGGGGGAUGCAAGUCAUGGUGAUAAUCGCGGUCACGCUCGUGCGAGGAGCAGGAUCUUCACCAUCCCGCAGAUCUACGACCUCCUCUCGGCGAUCGAGGACCUCAGCACGGUCUCGGCUCGCGUCUUCGCCGCCACGGAGGAAUGUCUCGCCGCGAGUCUGCGCGAAUACGCGGGCAGCAGACCACCGAGUCCGCGCGCGGUGCUCAAGAAAUCCAUGAGCAGCGGGAGCGGUAGCGGCAGUGGCUUUUCGUACUCUGUCCUCGGGUCCGAGAUGUUGGCGCGAAGCAUGACCACCGACGCCAGCGGGAGCGCCGUCAUGGUCAAAGGCCAGAGUGGCGGUGGCAAAGCCAUGACUCAGGCACGGGGCAUGGAAGACGCCCCAGCCAGGGGAUGGGAUUGGAGAGAGAAGUUCGUCCAACACAGUGAGCAUGGGCCUGGUGGCGGUGACGCGGCGACCGUGACUGGACGGGACAUCCUGACGGUCCUAAGGAUGAGUUUGGCCGAGGAGUUGGCCUGGGCGGAGCUGGAGGAGGAGGAGGAGGAGGGUGAUGCUUCGACCGCUUGA